AUGGAGAAGUAUAAAGAAAUUUAUGAUAAAAAAUGUAGUUCUGGAGGGACUAGCGGGGGAUCCGGGGGGUUUUCUAUAGAUUCAAUACUUAAUUCAGAUAGAGAUAUCUCCUCUUCUCCGCCUUCGCUUCCAUCCUUCCCGACCUUUCCCUUUCCAUUCCCCUCUCUUCCCCCUUAUUUUCUUCCCUCUGCAGAUCUUCCAAUAUUUCAUCAGAGUCAUGAGAGAAAAGGAAUAGAAUCUAGUCAUAAACUUGCAGAUUUACCCUUUCCAGGAUUUCCCGGAGGUUUUAUGUCGUACCCCGAUGCCAUAAAUUUACAUUCAGGUAUGUUGUCGCAUAUGCUGCUGUCCCUGAGUGCUCGUCAACAACAUUGCAGUACACUUGGUAGUACACUUGGCAGUACGUUUAAUAGAAACAAACUCUUAGAAUCACAAGGAAAGCGUCUGAUCAAAGAGGAGAAGAUUAAAACCGAGUUUGAAGAAGAAGAAGAACAAGAUUUAAGUCAGGAGAAUCCUGAAAUAUCUAGCACUCAAGAUAUUCCUGAUGAGGGAGAGAGUGAGGGAGAUGAAGGUGAUCUAGAGGGAGGUGAAGGAGGAGAGGGGGGUCUUCUUCAUAAUACCCAUCAACAUGGGAAAACCAGAAGGAGAAGAACAGCGUUUACAAGUGAACAAUUGCUAGAACUGGAAAAAGAAUUUCACAGUAAAAAGUACCUGAGUUUAUCGGAGAGAAGUCAGAUAGCGCACACCCUCAGACUUUCUGAAGUUCAGGUAAAGAUUUGGUUCCAGAAUAGACGAGCUAAGUGGAAGCGUGUGAAGGCUGGGGUAGCACCUGGAGGUCGGGCCGGGCAGACAAGUAAAAUUGUUGUACCAAUACCUGUACAUGUCAACAGGUUAGUUGGAUAG